UCAAACCAGAAGCCAGUCAUGAGGCAAGCUGACGGAGAUAGUUGUAAAUUCUCCCUCAUGAAGCGCUACAGGAAGCCAUAGAGAGUUGGCUAGUGUGCAAUCUUUUGUCUACGGCCUAGUUUUUGUUGUUUUUGUGAUACAGGUUAAAGUCUAAAUUCCAAACCUUGAAUCCAAACGUAUUUGAUAAUCGCCUGAAAGGAUAACGUUUGAUAAAGUUCAUUUGCAUAGUAACAUUUUCAAUAAAACAGACGGACGAUGAUGUUCAUCGGCCGUCAGAAUGUGUCAAAUUUUAUUAAACUGGGCAGACUGCAGAGCACCCUGGUGCUGGCAGAGCACAACAACGAGCACCUUCUGCCCAUCUCGCAGAGCGUGCUGACGGCAGCCAAGAGGCUGGGAGGGGAGGUGUCAGUGUUGGUGGCUGGUUCCAAAUGUCGGGCGGUGGCGGAGCAGGUGGCGAAGGCGGCGGGCGUGGCACGCGUGCUGCUGCUGGAGAGCGAGGCGUUGCACGGCUUCACGGCAGAGGCGGUGACGCCGCUGGUGCUGGCUGCGCACAAGCAGCACGGCUUCAGCCACGUCGUGGCGGGGGCCACGGCGGUGGGCAAGUCCGUCCUGCCGCGCGUCGCCGCCAAGCUCGACGUGUCCCCCGUCACGGACGUCGUGGGCAUCAAGGCUCCCGACACCUUCGUGCGCAACAUCUACGCUGGUAACGCGGUGCUCACCCUCAAGUGCAAGGACCCGGUGAAGGUGGUGACGUUCCGGGGCACCAGCUUCGAGCCGGACCCCCUGGAGGGGGGCAGCGCCCCGGUGGAGGCGGCCCCCGCUGGGGACUACGCCACCGACCUGUCCCGCUUCGUCAGCCAGGAGCUGAGUAAGAGCGACCGCCCGGAGCUGACCAGCGCCAAGGUGGUCAUCAGCGGAGGGCGGGGCCUCAAGUCGGGGGAGAACUUCAAGCUGCUCUACGACCUCGCGGACAAGCUGAAGGCCGCGGUGGGGGCGUCCCGGGCCGCAGUUGACGCCGGCUACGUUCCCAACGACCUGCAGGUCGGCCAGACGGGCAAGAUCGUCGCCCCGGAGCUGUACAUCGCGGUCGGCAUCUCCGGGGCCAUCCAGCACCUCGCCGGCAUGAAGGAGUCCAAGACCAUCGUCGCCAUCAACAAGGACCCCGAGGCGCCCAUCUUCCAGGUGGCCGACUACGGCCUGGUGGCCGACCUCUUCAAGGUCGUGCCGGAGCUCACCCAGAAGCUGCCCUGAGGGGCCUCGCUCGUCCGCUCUGCCGCCCGGCCGUGCAGUCUUCUCCGUGGGAUGGCCAGGCGGUCCCCUUGAUAUUCAGUUGUGCUACAUCCCUUUAAUACAUGCAUGAGAUUUGUGCCGGUGACGACAGAAACUAACCAUACGUACAUUAACAGCGUAAAUAUUUUUUUUUUCCCUUGACAAAAAGAAAACUUGUUAGCUCCUAUAAACUGAAAAAAAAUACUGUAUAACUUGACCUCAGUUCCAAUUAAUAAAAUGACAUUACGGAAUGAUCAGUAUUUGAAGUAAGUCGUAAGGUGCCUCCGCGUGGGUGAUAGUAGUUCACAUGUAGAGAGUUGACUUCUGUCAAGUUGCUGAAGGGACUUUUUAACGUGUCUGUUCGUCGGUUGGAAUCGUGAAUCUUGAAGAUGGUCGUAUCAUUUAUGUGUUCAUGGAUCAGCUUAACUGAGCUGGACCUCUUUUUUUUUUUUUUUUUUUUUGUUUUUUUUAGGGCCUCGUGAACCCUCAGCAACAUUUUAAGUCUUGUCGAAAAUAUUUUGUCUUAAAUAUACUUACAGAAAGUUAAUAUUGUAGUGGGAAAGUGAGCGGAAGAUGGUGCAUUAUAGUUAGUAUCAAGGAGGUGUGCUUUUUACUACUUGGAUAGAAGAUUGACUUUCUUGUGCUUGCGUCCAUUGUUUAUUGAAAGUUAGGAAAUUCCUAUAAUCUUAGAUCUCUGGUUGUAAUAAUAUGUUUUAAAUUUGAACGUGACCCAUAAAUUGAUAACAAACAACAGAAAAUUUCAAAAUUAGUUAUUUUUACCAGUUUUAUUUUAGUUAAUGCAGGCAGGUUUUUUUUUACUCGACAUGUACAAUAAAAUUUGUUUGUAAUCUAUAGAAUGGCAAGUAUAUAUUGGUUUAAUGUGUUGAAUGCUUGUGAAAUCCACUGUAAAAAAAUGGAAUAAUGUUAAUUUAAGAGGAUGUGGAGGGGAAAGAUGUUAGUCAUUGUGAUUUUAAUUUUCUUUUUGUUGCGACUUGGGGAAUGGUACACUGUUGUAGGAUGAUAAUGGUUUUUCACCCUUGAAUUUAUAAUUUUUUGAUGAUUCUAUGAGGAAAAACCAUUACAGCAGGUAAUUGAGAGGAUGAUCAUUGUUAUCACUUACUAUUCAAUAAUAGUUAUUAUGUCUUUAAAAUGUGUAAAAUGCAAGAUGGCCUCCAUCUUCCCUUGCUAUCCCACUGACAGUUGGGACUGUGCUGUGUGUAUGCUUUUUUCAUGUGUUUCAUUCGUCAGGGCGACGACGUUUGUUGGAGCUUAUCAUAUGUCUUGUAUAAGAGAACAUUUCUUGAGAUUUUGUACAACUGUUUUUUAUGGGAAUAUAUCUCUAUGUGAUUGUUUA